AUGUCCAUUGCCGACUUAAGACGCUUGAAGACUAUUCACCCGACUCCGCCAGUGACAACCGUGUUGCAAUUGCAGAUGGUUCUUAAGGCUUUUUUCAUAGCCCGGGUGAAUAAAGGCAUGUUUUCAAAGACAGAGGUGACCCAAGAGAAGGGGAAGGAGAUGGAAGAGCAGGACCCCGAAGGACCUGGAACUGGCAAAGGAGCAAGGAAAAGCCCCCAUCCCAUCCAACCUGGAAGUGAUAUUGAAUUCUGGAAAAGGGCUGGGCCUGAGAUCUUGGCUAAGGACACAGUGACUUCAGAUGGACAUUGCCAACGCUUCCGGCAGUUCCGCUACCAUGAGGCUGAUGGGCCCCGAGAGGUUUGCAGCCAACUCCAUGGACUUUGCAACCAGUGGCUGCAGCCAGAGAGACACACCAAGAAGCAGAUCCUGGACCUGGUGAUCCUGGAGCAGUUCCUGACUCUCCUGCCCCAGGAAAUCCAGUGCUGGGUCAGAGGAUGUGGGCCGGAGACCAGUUCCCAGGCGGUGGCCCUGGCCGAAGGUUUCCUCCUGAGUCAGGCAGAGGAGAAGAGGCAGGCAGAACAGGUA